CUACAGGGCGAUUCUCAAAGCUGCUCACUUCACCCACAACAUUAGAGCCACUGGGAAAGCGGGGGAGAGCAACACUAACCUAAAGCAGAGGCGAGGAAGACCACAGAGAGGAGGAAGAAGCGCUGUGGAAACGCCAAGUGACCCGGUUCUGCCACAGCAGAGGAAAUAAGCAGGAGACUGAGGUGCAUCUCUUAUCUUUCUGCCGACUGGCUGUUGGAACUGACGCACUUUUCAAAGAUUUGUGAGGCGGUGCGAUUUGUUUUGCUCUGUGUGGCAACGGCGGAAAAUAAAGACACCGGCGUGCGGAAAAGGCCGAAAACGUCUAAAGUGUGGGACCAUUUCCCGCUGCGGACGGCGGACCGAGCAGUACAGCGCAUACACUGUAAAACGGACCCGGCCCACCAGAACAGCACUUCAUCAGCGCUGCAGCACCUGAACCCAAAGCAUCCCCACGUGAGCGGCACUUCUCCAGGCGGAGUCGGAGCCUCUACAGCGCGCGGUUACGACUGCUGACCGAUACGAACAGCAGCGCUCGGAAGAACGUCCAGCAUCUUUUACAGAGAACGCUGAACACACACAGCAUGGAGCCUGACCAGUCAGAGAUGAGCAUCCUGGCCAACGGGAAAGGUCAUGACCUCGGGGAUGACAUGAACAUGCCAAUGAAGGCGCUGAUGGAGGAUGACCAAAAUGCUACUCAGAACAGAUUUGAUGAUCCAGAGGGGAACUUGGCUGAGAAUGUGGAGUUCAUCCCCAGUGGUGAGGGCAAGAAGCCACGUUUCACGGAUUUCGAAGGAAAGACGUCUUUUGGCAUGUCUAUCUUCAAUCUCGGCAAUGCCAUUAUGGGCAGUGGAAUUCUGGGCUUGGCAUAUGCCAUGUCCAACACUGGCAUUCUCCUGUUUUUGUUCCUCCUCACAGCGGUUGCUGCCCUAUCGGCUUACUCCAUUCACCUCUUGCUAAAAGCCUCUGGUGUUGUGGGAAUCAGAGCCUACGAGCAGCUGGGUUACCGGGCCUUUGGAACACCUGGCAAAAUGGCAGCUGGAAUUGCUAUCACACUGCAAAACAUUGGAGCUAUGUCCAGCUACUUGUUCAUCGUUAAGUCAGAGUUUCCUCUGGUCAUCCAGGCCUUUCUGAGGGCAGACAACAACCAUGGAGAAUGGUAUUUGAAUGGCAACUAUUUGGUGGUUCUGGUUACCGUCUCCGUGAUUCUGCCGCUGGCCUUAAUGAAGCAGCUGGGUUACCUUGGUUACACCAGUGGCUUCUCUCUCAGUUGCAUGGUCUUCUUCCUCAGUGCGGUCAUCUAUAAAAAGUUCCAGAUCUCCUGUCCAUUUGAAGAGUUCUCUCACAAUAGCACGGCAAUAAACCUGCACUCGAAUGUCUCAGCAUUUACUGACCACGCCCACAGUUAUGACAAUGGACACGUGGUGGACGAAGACCACUGCUCUCCUCGUAUGUUCACCAUCAACUCUCAGACGGCGUACACCAUCCCCAUUCUGGCCUUUGCCUUUGUCUGUCACCCUGAAGUUCUCCCCAUCUACACUGAGCUGCGCAACCCCUCUCAAAAGAAGAUGCAGCAGGUCUCCAACAUCUCCAUUUUGAUUAUGUACACCAUGUACUUCCUCGCUGCCCUCUUUGGGUAUCUGACAUUCAAAGAAAAUGUGGAGGCUGAACUGCUGCACACCUACAGCCGCAUUGACCCUUAUGACACCCUAAUCCUCUGCGUGCGAUUGGCUGUGCUCACAGCGGUCACACUGACUGUGCCAAUCGUCCUUUUCCCGGUGCGCAGGGCCAUCCAGCAGAUGAUCUUUCCCAAUAAGACCUUCCACUGGCUCCGUCAUAUCGCCAUUGCUGUCGUCCUCCUCAUUUUCAUCAACAUGCUUGUUAUCUUCGCCCCAAACAUCUUGGGCAUCUUUGGCAUCAUUGGUGCGACAUCUGCCCCCUGCCUCAUCUUCAUCUUUCCUGCUGUCUUUUACAUACGCAUCGUCCCCAAAGACGAAGAGCCCAUGCGCUCUACCCCCAAAUUAGUGGCUGCCUGUUUCGCUGGAUUGGGUGUUUUGUUUAUGAUUAUGAGUUUGAGCUUUAUUAUCAUUGACUGGACAAUGGGGAGCAGCAAUGCUGCUGGCGGCCACUAGGGGGCAGUCUCUGAUGUGCGCGUAUGUGUUUGUAAUGAGUGUACUCGGGAAGAGCUGAUGAUGUAUUGAGAGUUGGGCAAAUUUGUUUCUUAAUUUUUUACUCUUUUCAGUGUGAUGCGAAGAAAUGUAUCCCAACCCAGUCCUCAGGAUGCACAUUGGUAUUCUGUUCUAGCUCACAGUACACCUGAACCAGGUUCUAAAACACUGGAACAAGAACUAAAUGUAGACCAGCUUUACGAGGACUGGCUUGGGAACCUCUGGUGUAGGGGAUGCACUUCCCCUCCAAGAAUAAGAGUGUUAAGUGGUUCAAGUUAGCCAAGAAAGCAAUUUUGAUGGCUACUGCAUCCUCACCUGUCAUACAGAAAAGCUGUCUUCUGCUUCUCCAUCUUCUCAUCUUGCUUCCAGCUUCUUUGUGAUCUACAGCCAGUUCUGGAGAUAAAAACAGUCACAUCCUUUCCAAUUUUGUAAUAGUGACGGCACAUGCUUUGUAAAAAUAUCACGAUUUCUAUUUUUUUUUCUUGACACAUUAGUAGGAUAUAGAAAAAUACUGCUUAGUUUUAUUUGUCAGAGACAAAAAAAUCAUUUGUAGUGCCAUUCACUCUCAUGGAAUGUAGAAGGGCGUAUGGACAUGCGUGUGUAUAGACACGUAGCAGUUGCUGUUGGAGAAACAGGUCUGUGGUGCACGUAUAGUCUCAAGUAGGGGUGGGAAAAUAUGAUGGUGUUUGUUAUCGUUAGUACUGGGUGAUAGGCUGGUUUAAAAUUCACAACCAUUACGCAAGUAUGCCACAAACAAAUGCAGAUAAUGUGACAUACAAACAGCACAAACCACAUUAACUAGGGACAUUUCUAGAACCUUUAGAAUGAGGUGGCAGGGUAAGACUUCAGAUUUUAUUUGGGUGACACACUGAGAGAGAAAAAAA